UAGUGGUAACAAUUAUUGCCACUGCUUAAUCUUAGCAAGUCCGGCCAAGUUGCACUCUUAACUGUCUCUUUGUCUCUCUCGCUAUGGCUCCGAAGGGAAAAGAGAAGCCAAAGCCCCUCUGCUUCACAACCAGCAAUUGCCAUGGAGGAUCUCUUCACCGCUCUCAAUCGUCACAUUGACCUGUCAGAAUUCGAUCAAGCCAUCAAAGUCGCAGAUCAAGUUUUGGCCAUUGCGCCUGGUGAUGAGGACGCGAUUCGAUGUAAAAUCGUUGCAUUAGUUAAGGACGAUAAGAUUGAUGAAGCUCUUUUGGCUAUCAGCGAGUUUCCAAAUGAUUUCAGCUUUUUCAAGGUAAAUAAAGCUUAUCACAAAAAUCACAUUCAAGACAAACACUAAGAGAUGGAAACCAAAUUUUAGAUUGGUAAUAGGUUUUUGUUUGUUAUUUGGAUACGUGUUAAAAGAGUCGGUGCAUUUGAUUGAAUAUGGAUUGCAACAAGUAAUUUCAUUUAGGCAUGUCUGGUUGUGUGACUUUUACACAAUCUAAAAUCCAAAUUACUUUUGAUGGAGUACCUAUGAUCAACUCUCAACCUUGCCCCCCUUUCGAUCGAUCGAUCUUGCAUAUCAAUGGUGGCGCUUCUGACUGUCCGAGCUCCAUGACUGUGGUUUCUUGCGUCGUUAUCCUCCUGUCACCUUUGUGUUUGUGUUGAAGAUCUGAGGUAGGAUUUUCCUUCUGAUUUUUCUAUUUUCGUUUUCAGAUUU